GGAUAGUAAAAUAUUUAUUCUGAAAAUAAUAAAAUAUAAAACACUGUCAUUAAAAUACACAUAAAUUAUUUAAAAACUUAUUUAAAAAAUAUAUAAAUACAAAAUAAAACUAUCGUAAAUUCCAUAUAAACAUAUAUAUAUAUAUAUAUUUUUUUAAUUUUAUCUCAAAUGCCUUUUAUAUUUGACCUCAAAUGCUAUUAUACAAGUAAUUGAGCAUUAUAAAAAUAUUAAUAUCAUACAUUUGAUAUUUUUCUAAAAUAAUUUUUGCACAUAUUUCUAUGGUUAUUUUUGUUUAAUUAAUUAAAAUAUUGACUUUUAAAAUAAAAUUUCCUUUUGAAAUAUUUUUGAAAUUCUUUUAGUUUGCAAGUAAGAGAACUUCUUCUAAUCUACAAGUAUGAUCAAAUAUUUUUUGAGUGUUGAGAAGAAAAACUCGAAAGUUGUAUGUAUAAUCACUUACCCAUUUUAUAUUAAUAAAGCACAAAAAAUGUAUUGUGAUGUGAUGGUGAAAAACGGAUGAUAGUGGGAAUGGGGCAAAUAGAAAAGAAAGACCAGUUACAAAAUAAUAAAUAAACAAAGACUAAUUAAAAGAAAAUGAUAAAUAAUAAUUGCAUAAUAAAAAAAAUCUUCGUAGAAAACUGGAAAAAAACUAAAAAAACACAGAUUUUGGUUUUUGGGUAGAAUUAGGUAGUUAUUUGAAAAACUAGUUUCCCUAGUUUUUAGGGAAUCAUUUUUAACAAAAUCUUGAUUGGCAAAUAAAGUAGUUUUUCAGAAACAAAAACCAAAAACCAUUUUAAAAAUUACAAACAAUCAACCUCAUAAUCUAAACCCUAAACCCUAUAAAUAGAUUAACAUCAACAUACAAUCUAAAGUAUAAAAUACAUAAAGCAUUUCACACCAUGAAGUAUAUUAUACGAUAUGAUUAUUUUAUGGCAUAAAAAAGAAGAUAAUACGAAAUGUUAUACAGAUAUGAAGAAUUAUAAUAACAAUCGUUUUAUGUUAUACCGUAUUAAAUGAUAUGAUUGUUUUACUCUUAACAAUAUAGGGUAACUUGUUUUCUAAUAUUAAAACUGUAAUGGUAUACAAUAUAUUACUCCAUCGAUUUCAUUUUAAUUAUUGUUUCACACUUAUAAACAUAGAAUAAAAAAAUAUUUUUUUAUUUACUAAACAAAAACAUCAUUAUCAAUAAACAUAAUCACCUUUCAAUCUAUAGAAACUAGAAGGACAGUAGCCUAUUGGUUAAGGUUUAAAGGCUUCUACAUCCAGGUUUGGGAUUCAAAUCCCAGACUAUGCAAUUUAUUGUAGAUUACAGAAAAUCCAGGUUUCAAGUUCCGCAGAGAGCGGUUUAUUAAACAAUUAUACAGACUACAGAGAAAAGGCUUGCAAGGGAUCUUCAACAUGGUGCAAGUAAAUCUGGCCAGACGUGGAUCUUCAUAGGACGGCUCAGGUGAUGCAGUUAGGCAUAGGUCUUCAUAAGGCAGGUAAUAUUGUCGGUUGUCGAAUUGUCUAUGUAAUCUUUCCUAUAUCAUAAUUGUAAGAUCGUAAUAAAUCAGCGUCAAAAAAAAAAUCAAUAAAAACUAGAAAAUAAAACCAAUAAAUUUUGAUUUGAAAUUAUAAAACGAUAUUUAUUUUGAAAAAUAAAUUUUACUCUACCGCGAUAACUAAAAUGAAACGGAGAGAGUAUAUAUUAUUUUUAUAAAAUUUCAAGAAUCAGGGCUGUUUGUAAUAAUAUCUCAUUUUGAGAAAAGAAUUUGACGUCAAUAAGAGUUAAAGACCAAAGACGAAUAUUCUAUAACUAGCGACCAAAGAAAAGAAACAAAUCUAAAGAGCAUUAAAUUUUCUCUCCGACAAGACAUGCUUUCCAUCAUUUCUCUUUCAUCAAAAUCUUUCUUGUUCCCUUUUCUCUCUCUCUCUUCCAAAAAUCUCUCCUUUAUCCCCGCAAAGAACCAAAAAAAACAAAAAAAAACUCACACUCGACUAAUGUCGCCGGCAACAGAACUUCACGGCUCGUUCCUCAGCCGACUCAGCUUCCGCCGCAGCCAGAUCGUGUCCAUGGACGUCAACCACGAGCAACAGCUCCAAGAACUCGAGUAUUUCCAGAACCACGUCUCCGAGCGUUUCUCCGAGUUCAUCUCUCCAUCGCCGCCGUCUGAUCCAGUUCUCUCGAUCCCCUGGCUACGGAACCUCCUCCACGUUUUCAUCUCCUGCGAAACGGAGUUCAAGGAAGUCCUCCCGACCACUGCUCAGAUCUCGAAAACGCCUUCGCUGGAGAAGGCUUUGUCGGAAAUGCUCGAUCGGAUCUUAAAGUCGCUCGAUAUCUGUAACGCCGUCGUUAACGGCAUCGAAUCCGUUAAAAAAAGCCGGCGUCUUGCGGAGAUAGCCGUAACGGCGCUUAAACAACGGCCGUUAUGUAGCGGAAGCGUUCGCAGAGCCAAACGCGCGUUAGCAAGCCUCCUCGUUAGCUUAAACGCCGAUGUGAAAGAUAGGAACAGCGGUGGGAGUAGUAGACGGAGGACAACGUCGCGGUCGUGGUCGUUUGGACAGCGCAGCAGCCACGUAAGCAAGAAUUGGUCUGCAGCGAAGCAGAUUCAGGCAAUGGUGGCUAAUCUUGUGCCACCACGUGGAGCAGAAGCGAUGCCGGUUUACAUAAUGAGCAGUGUUAUGGUUUUGGUGAUGUGGGUGCUUGUUGCUGCGGUUCCUUGCCAGACAAGCAGCGUUCCCGUGGCGCCGUUGCAGCUUCCUAAGCAUCAGAGCUGGGGUAGCAAUGCUGUGAAUGUUCAGGAGAGGGUUGGUGAAGAGGUGAAAGGGAAGGAGAAGCGUGGGGGUGGGUUGAUGGAGGAGAUGCAGAGGAUGGAGAGUGUUGGGUUGUCUUUGAUGGAGUUCACGGAGAGGUUUAGGUUUCCGGGAGAGGAAGAGGAAGAGGAAGAGGUUGAGGAGAAGGUUGAUGAGAUGGAUGAGAUUUGUCGGAGAAUGGAAGUGGGAUUGGAGGAUUUGCAGAGACAAGUGAGAGCAGUGUUCCAAAGAUUGGUGAGAAUCAGACUAGAGAUUGUUUCUGUGCUUGAUCUAAAUCUGUAAAUCUUAAAUAACAACAUUAAUAUUUUUAUCUCUUUUUUUUCUUUCUAGAUAAGACUAAUCUUUGAAAGAUCUUGCUGUGUAUAAGCUACAAUUCGUAUACAUAUACACCAUGUUUGGUUUCUGGUAUAUGAAAACUGCAAAAUUAUAUUGACCAGAGAUUAAUAGAUUCAUAGUGUCCUGACUUGUGAUUGUUUCCAGAAGCUUUCCUAUGUUUCUUACCGGGGCGCUUUGGUUCUGUUCUGUCUGCUUCCAUUAGUGUCUGAAGCUGGUGUGUAUUGUUGAUGUGUGCUCUUCUGUCAGCUAUUUCUUUCAAUGUAUGCAACUCAAGAUCUUUAAGAAAAUUUACAGAGAGUGAGAUAGAAACCUCUAAAACUGUCUGGAGGAAACUCAUGUGCUUGUCUGGUGUGGAUGAUUGGACCGCACGGGUGCCACACUUCCUUAUCAAAAUCUCAACUAUGAUCGUUACCUAAAUGCACAUCUUUAAUAAGUCAAUCAUCACGUUUGAGGAAGGAGAAGGAAACUAAAGUUAAACACACACUAUCAUUGUCACCUUUGAUUUAAAGUAAAUGUCUUGAAACAGACGACCAGGGGAGAAAAAAAAAACUUUCACAAAACCCAAAACAGCCUGGAGAUGCACGGAAACGCAUGAGAAACUUAAGGAGAAAACCAAGCUUACAUACUUAGAGCAACAGCAGCCUGUGGAGUUACUUUUAUAAUCUCAAUUGAUUUGGUGUGAAGCAAUGAUAAAACAGAGGAAAGAAGCUCUCAGGUGACGAUAAUAAGCAUAUCUCAGUCUCUUUGUAUAUCAAGACAGAUACCGCAGUCAUAUGAGAGAUAACGAGAGUGGACUAAACUGAUACCAGGGAGCUCCUCUCAUGCACUUUCCAUGUUAACCAGUACGCAUCACAAGGCCACAAGCUGCUUUACUAUGUUCUUCUUUUCCCUGUAUAUACAAAGCCAAGAUAAUGCUAAACAAAUGUCAAAACUUGUCUAGUAAUUCUAUUGUUUAAUUCAAACAGUAUGCUUACUUACAUCUCAAAGUGUAAGGAUCAUUUCGUUCAGGAUAAGGAAAGCCUUCUCAUUCUCCUCCUAGGAGCUUGACUGUAGGAAAAAUGUAAUAUAUUAAGAAUAUUAGUCAAUGUUUUCAUAAAGCAACACUGAACUAUACAUCUUUAUAUAAGAAAACAGCAUGGACAUACUAUAGUUCAAGUUUGAUGAAUAGUCUUUCAUUAACAACAAACGCCAUAUACAUAUAUGGCAGAGAGAGAUGGAAUUGUAGCAGUAUACGAUCGGAGAGAACCAAAUAUUUUCUCCAGAUACUCUUGAGCACCAAAUCUUUUAACCUAAACUCACAAACCAAGAUUGCUUUGUCACCACAAUAUGAUAUAUUUUUUUUGGUAAAAAUUGAAGCCUGGCUUGUCCAAAAUGAGUUCAUAGAAACUGCAACUGCAACUAGAGAAAGCUCAACAUCUUAUAAAAGCGUUGACGUCAAAGCUUAGAAUCAUGAAGAAAAAUAUUAGAAGCUUGAUAGUUUUCUUCUUCCUUUAGAACUCUGUUUUCUCUGUUGAUUCUCUGACAUGUCUUCCUCAUUUCUGCUCUAUAGUGUUUCUACAUGUAUCUAUUGGCGAGUGAGAGUAGAUUUGGCGUUUUAUGAACGUGAAAUCAAAUGCUCCGUGUUACUGUUCAUUAUCACUUUUAAUCAUGAGUUUCCCUGUAUUAUUCUCCAUCUUCGAACGCAGUUUCGUCGUUAUCAUCUGCUCGUUCUUGCUGUCCUGUUUCAAAGGCCGCCAUACCCAAACCCACUUUGAUUGAUCCUGGUUUCUUCCCCCGGUGGCCAGCGCUUGUAGCUUAUGCCCAUGGAGACCUCUUUUCUUCUCCUUUCCGUUGAUGUAUUAGUUCGCGGAGUACUAUACAUGAGGUACUACGUAACGUGUUGCAUGAAGCUGGAGCCAUAUUGAAGUUCAUGUAUUGAUUUCUUGAACUUAGAAAAGGAAAAGGAAUAAUGUGUGAAAACAAAUAGGCGUUUUCCAUUAAGCAAAAGAGAAUUUGUUUGAAGAAAAAAAUUGUCAUU